AUGUCGCGUGCUUUAAAAGAGAACGAUGUACUAGAAUUAUCAAAGCUGUAUGAAGCUGAGUUUAACAAGCCGGAUUUGCAUGACAGAGUUUUGGUGUUUGAUGUUGUUGGAAAAGCUUUGUGGCAACACGUAUUAAGUGUUAAAAACGAGAGAAGUGGGAGCGAAGCGAGCGCUCAAAGCGAAGAUGGUAGCGAAGACGGGAGCGAGGAUGGGAGCGAAGAUGAAAACGAAUAUGAAUCUCCACUUCAAACUGAGAGGGAAGGAAUGAAUGCGGAGAGAAGCGAACUCACUCCUGUACUAAAACAAGUAGCUAAACCUGAGAAAAUCUGUGAAGCCUUGGAAAGCCGCGACAGCGAACGAAACGAAAAGGAAAGUGAAAGCCACGAUGACGAAUUCGCUUCAAAUGGUGAAGACAGCCAAAGAAAUGACGACGAGGCAAGCGAUAAAAUCGAAGAUGUACAAAUCCAAAAAGCGACCGAAACUAACGAGAAUGCAGACACUGCGUUUAACGAAAACGCGGAAACAAAUCAGAAUGAAAGCAAUGAAAACGAAACGAAAAGCCAGCAUGAUUGCGAAGUCGAAAAAGAUUCAAAUGAUGAAAAUCUCACCUCGAAUAACGAAGAACAAAGUGGAAAUAGCAGUGAGACUUCGAAUAAGAGCAAUGAAGCCAGCCGUCGUGGUAGUAAGGAAGAAAUCAUUCGACAGCAUAAAUUCUACAUUCAUAGUUCAUGGCUAGCUGUACAAAGCUCCUACUUCCGUUCCUUGUUUUUUGGUGGAAUGAGGGAAUCAAGCGCCACUGAAGUUCCUAUUCAGAUCUCGGCAAGCGAGGAGCAAGCUCAUUUGAUGUUAUUAGAAGCAAUGUACAGGAUCGAUAUUCUAGAUAUCGCUAAGGUAGACGAACUUUUGGAGGUUUUGAAACUUGCUCAUAUAUACGAUGCGAAAUUUGUCUUCAAGAAAUCUAAAUACUGCUUACAAGCUGCAGUGGUUUCCCUUGACAUUUGUGAGAAGAUUAUGUGCUUUAUUAAAAUUGAUAAUACAAUCACAGAUGUUGAAGAUCUUGUAGACACGCUACAGUCCUUUCUUGCAAAAGAAUUCAGCCCUUUAGAUAAAACAUGGCAGACAAAAAGUUUUACAGACCUGUACGAGCCGUCGUUGAAAUAUCUCCUAAGCAGCGAUAAACUGGUCACAGCUAGUGAGAAUACUAUUUUUCACGCAUUAAUGUAUUGGAUUGAGUACCGUGGAAUUGAGAAUGUCUUAGAAAGUGAGGGAAUGCCAUCCCUGUUGUCCGUUGUCAGAUUUGAAUUGAUGCCUGUUGAUUAUCUGUACAAUGUUGCACAGCACAAUGCUGUUGCAAGGAAGCUACCAGAUUUCAAUGACCAUUACUUAAGAGGGAUCAGUUAUCAUGCUCUAUCAGAUAGCAUGAAGCGACGGUUGCUGUGUCAACCAGUGAAGAGGAAAGCUACUACGCAGCCGUUCAUUCCUUACACAUGGGUGAUACCAAGAGAUGAGUUGGAUAAGUUGGUUGGAACGGACAAAAGACUCGUAUCAGAUCAAUUUUGGUACUGUGGUUAUAGAAUGGUCCUGGUAAUUACUGGAGUUGUCAAGGUCAACAAUUUAAGAGGAAACCAAGAAUUGUUCACAGCCACCCUCACCUUAGGAGUCUUUAACUUGACUCAACAAAGUGAAGUUAUUAUUCAGUGGCAGGCAACAAGUCAGUCUUUUAAAUCCACUCCUGUGGAAGGAAUACACACAUUUACCCAAAAAGCAUGUAUGUCAUCUGUGAGUAUAAAAUAUAGAAUGGACGUCCAACUAGAAAAAUCAAGUAGCAACGAAGCGAUGAUUAAUAGAUCUAGAUUCAACCCAAAUGCUUUUCUGAAACAGGAAAGGCCUACAACACCCUGCUUGUCAAUUGAUGUGAGAAUGAAUUUGCUUGAGUGUAUGCUUUGA